UUGAUAUAUUUCAAAACAAUAAUACCAUACAGUCAAAUCAUAUUAAUAUCAUAUUAUGGCAGCAAAUGAAUUGUUAAUGGACAUUGGAGCCGUAUGUCGAGUUUGCUUACAGGAUAGUGAUACACAUAUGGUUUCCAUUUACGAGCGAGACGAGGAACAACGCGGACUAUCUAUUUGCGAGAAAAUUGAAAAUUGCAGUGGCAUUAAAAUAGUACGCACUUCUGAGCUACCAUCUCGCAUCUGCCUGAAAUGUCGCGCAUUUUUAACGUUGGCACACAAAUUUCGACAGAUUUGCCGCCACUCAGAUAUUUUCCUGCGUGAAUACAUUUGCAAAGACGUGAGAGAGGAGGACGCAGUGCACCAGGUUAUAGAAACACCAUCCACCCAAACAUACGAGGACGUCGAAGUGGAGGUACUGGAGGAAGGUAUUUGGUGCAAUGAUGAAAUAAUUGAAGAACCUCCUGCUGCUCAAGAUGAAACAAGUACCAUAUUAGUGCCCACUGAAGAAGUAGUAACCACGCAUGUUUCGACAUCCAAAUCACAUGUGUGUGACGUUUGUGGUAAUAGCUAUCCACGUAAGAGUACGCUGGACACGCAUAUGCGACGACACAACAAUGAUCGCCCAUAUGAAUGCGAAGUCUGCAAAAAGUCUUUUCACGUAAACUACCAGCUAAUGCGCCAUAUACGCCAGCACACAGGCGCUCGACCUUAUAGCUGCGAAUACUGUCAGCGAAGCUUCACGGAUCGUACGUCUUUGGUCAAGCAUGAACGCACCCAUCGAAAUGAACGACCCUAUUCUUGCGACUUGUGUGGAAAAUCUUUCACAUAUGCCAAUGUGCUCAAAGUGCACUACAAAACGCAUACCGGCGAGAAGCCACAUCUGUGCAGACUAUGUAACAAAAGCUUUGCACGCAAUCACAAUCUGGUCGCCCACUUACAGACACAACAGCAUAUCAACGAUCCCCGUGCCGCGGCCUAUUUACAAACACUCAAAGCCAUCACCAAUGUAGCUGCAGAAAAUGGCUGAGAGGUGUUAAAAGUCUGCAA